AUGCAGCUACCCGCGCUUCUCGUGGCGCUUCUCGCGGGCGUCGGCGGUGCAUGCAGCGACUUUCUCCUCAACUCGACGACCAAUGUCAUCUCGGCACGAAGCGUGGACUUCAUCAUGGACCUGCAGACGUCCAUUGAAACGGUACCCAUCGGCACGCGCUUUGUCGAGGCCGGUGGGUUCCAGUGGCGCAACUCCAUCGGAUUCGUCUCGUUCAACGUGCAUACCCUUCCGUUUGCAGCCGAUGGCCUCAACACCAAGGGCUUAUCGGCGGCGUGGCUGUUCAUGGAGGAAACCGUCUACCCUGAAGUGGAUGAGAACGACCUUCGGCCGGCCAUUGGCAACCUCUGCAGCUACAUUCUGGGUAAUUUUGCCUCGGUCGACGACGUCGUUGCUGGCUUUGAUACCAUCCAGCCGGUGGCAUUAGACUUGAUGCACAUCCCACUUGCCCAGCGGGCAGGCUUGGGCCCACUCCGUCGUCUGCCAAUGCACAUUGCGGUGCAUGAUGCGUUCGGCGCGUCACUAGUCGUCGAGUUUCUUGAUGGAAAGACGCACCUCUUUCGCAAUGCCCUCGGUGUGCUCACGAAUGCGCCGUCGUUCCCGGAGCACUUGACAGCGCUCUCGACGAGAUCGGGUGGCACGUCGUACUCUUCCACAAACCGAUUUGCACGGCUCGUGACCCUCAAUGCCCAGGCCAACACGGACAUUUUCGGCGUCGAAACGAGCUUAACUUCGCCCGACAACGUCCAAAACGGUGUCGCCCGCGCGCUCCAUCUCCUCAGCACGGUUGUGCAGCCGGUCGUGUCUCCUGAGUUCGCCACCGAGUGGGUCGUCGUCCGCGACCACGCUCGCCGCUGUAUGUUUGUGCAAGCGACCGAAACCAACUUGCUUCGGCGCAUUGACCUCGGCAAACUGAGCUUCGCACCAGGCGCGCCCCCGACGUCGUGGCGUCUUGGUCCCGGUAUUUGGUUUCUGGACAUGGAAGACGGCGGCAACGACCCGAUCGUCAGUUUUGACACGACCUAG